AUGGCGUAUCCCAUUACAGUGACAGAUUUGGAGGGUGAGCACUUUGAGGUCACAGUCACCAUCAUAUAUAAGGGUCGGUGUCGCAACAAGAAACUUCUGAUACAUACUGAGGAUUCCAGAAAAUUCAGGCAUGCUCAGGGCAAGGAGCUUUUAUUCAUCAAGAAGCUGUCAGUGAAGGACCACGUCAUCUUUUACUGUGAAGGCUCUCACCAAGGGAAAAUAUUCCGUAUGGGAAUGCUCAUGGGGAGGAACCCCAAGGAAAACUCACAGGCCCUGGAAGAGUUUAAGAAAUUUACUUGGAGCAAGGGACUCUUGCAGGAGAACAUCUUCAUACUGAAGCAGAAGGAACCCUGUGUCCCUGAGCACUACUAA